AUGUCCGAGGCCAAGAAGUGCGUCCAUCAAGGUUGCGGCAAGGUCUACACCGACCCCGAGGAGGUCUGCCGCUACCACCCUGGACCCCCUGUUUUCCACGAAGGCCAGAAGGGAUGGAAGUGCUGCAAGCCGCGUGUGCUCACCUUCGAGGAGUUCAUGACCAUUGAGCCUUGCACCGAAGGCAAGCACAGUACUACCGACACCCCUCCCAAGAUCGAGAAGAAGGAGGUCGAUCCAUCACUGCUCGAGGCCCAGGCCGCCAACGCUGCCAACCCGCCACCACCCCGUGCCCCCGUGCCCGUUGCGCAACAUGCUCCCACACCUCCGCCGCCGGCGCCAGAAUCCGAGGAUGACGAAGAAGGAAUCGAGAUCCCGGAGGGUCGCGUGUGCAGGAGAAAGACUUGUGGCGCGGCCUACCAGAAGGGCGCCAGCCGAGAGGGCGAGAAGUGUGUACACCACCCCGGCGCUCCCAUCUUCCACGAGGGAAGCAAGGGCUACAGCUGCUGCAAGCGCCGCGUCCUCGAGUUCGACCAGUUCAUGAAGAUCGAGGGCUGCAAGACCAAAGAUCGGCACUUGUUUGUCGGCAGCGGGAAGAAGGAGGCUGCGGCCGCAUCAGGAGGCGAGGAGAUCUUGGAGACGGUCAGGACCGACUUCUACCAGACCCCUACGUCAGUCAUCGCAUCUUUCUUCCUCAAGAAGAUCAACAAGGACGUCGCCACGGUCGAGUUCAAGCCCAACGCCAUCGACCUCGACCUGCCCACGACAGACAGCCCCGUAAAACGGUACAAGACGGAGGUGCCGCUCUUUGGGUCCAUCGUCCCUGACAAGUCAAGCUUCAAGAUCCUCGGCACCAAGCUGGAGGUUACGUUGUGGAAGGCAGACGGCAGCUCUUGGCCGGUGCUACGCAGCGAUGACCGGCCAACAGGUGAGAUUUUGCAGGUUGGCCGAGCCGGAAGGGCACAGUAA